UGUUCGAAGCCAGCGCGCCGAAGACCGUAGUCUCUACCGAUGGUUAGUCUCCAUUAAGCCGUGAAACGAGCAACACGCAUUGCUACCAAGUCUUGUAGGCGCGAAAUCUUUGUGAAAACGAGUGUUGUGUUGUGUUCGGGAUUUAACAAUCUGGAGCCGAGCGUGUCUUUGUGGAGUGGUCGUAACUGUAAUGCAACGAUGGCGCCGAAAGCCGUUAGGGUGGCGUUGUUCUGCGCUUGCCUAGUCAUACUACAAGUGAGCGCCGAAUUGAAGGGCCGUUGUCCGGCUGACGAGGAAACCUGUCCUCCUCGUGCGACGCCAUGUAAUGACGACAACGACUGCGGGCAUCAGAUCUGUUGCAACACCUCCUGUGGGCGAUCCUGUGUAGAGCCGCUCUACACCGGAUGUGAGAACAUAAAGCUGUCUUCGGAGCGAAUAUCCCGUGCUCUAGCUGCUGAGAACACACGCAGCGGCCGAGGGGUGAUGAGGUCGCUGCGAUCUCCUCGCUGCAAGGUCUCUGAUGGAGAGUUCGAAGAGAUACAAUGUGAUAACGAGAUCAUAAGCUCGUGUUGGUGCGUGGACGCCGCAGGCUUUGAGGUGCCGGGUACCCGCGCUCCCGCAGCGGGUUUAGUGAACUGUUCACGAACAGCGCCCUGUGCGGCGCACACUUGCCGCAUGCUGUGUCCACUCGGCUUCGAACUGGAUCCUAACGGCUGUCCGCUCUGCAAGUGUCGCGACCCUUGCUCCACCAUCACCUGUCCCAAUCAGCUAUCCUGUCAGUUGGAGGAGAUGCCGUGCUUACGUCCACCCUGUCCCCCAGUACCCACUUGCAAAAGGGGUCGCAGCCUCCAAAACAUAUGUCCGGUAGGCGAGCCACUUUUCAUAUCGGAAACGAGACGUCCAUUCCUGUGCGGUACGGAUCCAGGGAAACCGAACUGCCCGCCUCUGUAUAAAUGCCUCGUCGAAUCUGGCAACGACUACGGCGUCUGCUGUCCAGCGUCACUUGAACUACAAAAGGCCGGUACCUGUCCCGCUCCGAAGUCUUCUGGAAUGGACUGUGGGACUCCCUGCGCUCAUGACCUCGAAUGUCCGUCAAUGCAGAAAUGCUGCGACGGUGCUGAAUGUGGGAAACAUUGCGUUCUGCCCCACAACGUCACUAUCUGCACUCAGCAGAAAAUGCUCGCUGAAUUACUGGUUGUAAGCGAGAAAGAAGGUAGAGGAUACGUGCCGCAGUGCACGUCUGACGGGUCCUUCCUGUCAAGACAGUGCUCGCGGAACGGGCUCGUGUGCUGGUGUGUAGACACAGACGGCAAUAAACUGCGAGGCUCUAUGGGACCGUCGGAAACCGUGAAGUGUUCUGCCAAACCCCAUCCAGCUCGUACUGGUGCUAGAAGUAUUAGUUCCUGUGCGAGGGCCCUCUGCGCCGGGGUCUGCGAGUACGGCUACAAGACCGGCGGCGACGGGUGUCCGAGCUGCGAGUGUGACGAUCCCUGUGCUGGGUUCCCCUGCGCUGAGGGAGAGGAGUGCGUGCGAGUCCGGGACGCCGAUUGCUCUGGAGAGCUUUGCACUGGUUAUCCUGUCUGCCGUCCUAAAAUCUCGUAUGAGAAUCCGUGCUCUGUGGGUGUGCCGGCGACGGACGAGCGCGGGGCGGUGUUAACUUGCAGGGAAGGGGGUGAGUGCGGGGAGGGACACAGCUGCACCCGCGGGGGGAGACACGGGCCAGCCGUCUGCUGUCCGCAACCGGACACUGACACGGAUAAUACUACUGAACCGGAAAUACUCGAGAUCAACUUCGAAGCGUGUGGUCCGGAGGCUGAAGCGCUCUGCGGAGUGAACUCCACAUCCAGCUGCUCGGACGGUGUUUGUGACGGUGACCUGGAGUGCUGCGUGACGGCGGGCUGUGGGCCUGUUUGUGUGGACCAAGACAAAUUAAGACUACAGACCGACAUUGUUGACGAUACGCCCUCUAUGUGCGAAUACCUCCGAGACUUCGACGAAAAGAUGGAAGGUACGGUGGACGGCAUGAAGCUGGCUCUUCCGGCGCCGAGCUGCAACCCAGACGGCAGCUUCACGCCGCAGCAGUGUGCCGGCGGACGGUGCUGGUGCGUCGACUCCUUCGGCACUGAAAUACCUGAAACGAGCACCAACAACGCAUCCGCCGUGGACUGCGACAAGGUGCGGUCGGAGCUUUCCUGCCUCGAACUGACGUGUCGCAUGGGUUGCGACUACGGCUUCGAACUGGGCUCCGGGCGCUGUCCCACUUGUAAAUGCCGCGACCCUUGCGCCGGCGUCUCGUGCCCCACGGGCCGGGCCUGCGCCCUCGUAGAUGUUGCCUGCGACGCGGAUUACUGCCCUCCGGUACCUGCGUGUCUUCCGCGGAAGUCAGGUCAGUGUCCGUAUCUGGUGCCGUGGACGGGGUCGUGUGAAUGGUCGUGUCGCUCGGACGCGGAGUGCGCCGGUGACGCGAGGUGCUGUGCCACGGGCUGCGGAACAGCGUGUGCCGAGCCGCUGAGGCAGACUGGCUGUCAACAGAGACGUGCUCUUGCUUUACACACGGCUGCGGAAAGCGGAAACCCACCCUCGUGGUCGUGGGUCCCUCGCUGUAAGGAAGACGGCUCGUAUGAAAGCAUCCAGUGCAGAGGAUCCACCAACAUCUGCUGGUGCGUGGACGGCGUUGGCAAUGAGAUCCCUGGCACUCGUACAAACAACUCUUCACCAAACUGCACCGCGCCAACUCAGUGUCCAGACCCUAAGUGCGAUGAACAGGCAAUGUGUCCUCACGGCCGGGAAUUAAACGAGAAAGGUUGUCCAACGUGCAUCUGUAAGGACCCGUGCGCCGAUGCCAAAUGUAGAGAAGACGAGACCUGCGAGCUGGUGCCUUUAGAAUGCGAGGGUGAAACAUGUCCACCGCUGGCCCGCUGCUCGCCGUCUCCUCAGUGUCCGUCAGGGGAGCCUCUCCUGGCCCCCGGUGGCGGAGCCCUGCCCUGUGGCCCCCGCGCCGCCGCCUGCCCCUCUACACACGCCUGUCGGUUCGCUCCCCACGACGCCAAACCAGCCGUCUGCUGUCCAAAGCCUCGAACUGUGUGUUUGGAGAAUAAAGACGAGGGUAUCUGCGAGGGGUCAGGUCUGAACGUGACGCGCUGGCAUUUCAACUCGGCGAAGAACAGAUGCGAGCGUUUCCUGUACCACGGCUGCUCUGGGAAUCACAACAACUUCCGGACCAAGGAAGAGUGCAAUGCCGUCUGUCCCGUUGGAAAUGCAACACCGAAAGUAAGAAAGACCACCAACGAGUGCAAUGAACCCGGAGUGUUAAGUCCAUGCGAGAGACUACGCGAGAAAAACGAAGCAGCCGCCUUGAAGUAUGGAAAGGGAACCUUCAUACCGGCGUGCGAGGAAAGUGGAGCUUGGCAGUCCGUGCAAUGUAUGGCGCAUAUUGACGUCUGCUGGUGCGUGAACGCUCGUGGCGAACCGCAAAAGGGCUCGCUUCUCCGCGGAGGGAAGCCGUCUUGCAACUUCCGACAAGCACGGAAAUGGAUACGACGCGACCCGCUGGAUGAAAAAGACAGAGCUGAUGAAGUAUUAGAAGAAUUGAUCAGGCAGAUGACAACAUAUAGAGUAGAUGAUUUCGAAGAACAAGAUGAAGAAGAUUCCAUAGAGCUGGAGGCUGAACACCGUGAAGGCAAUGAUCUCCAGGAUGUUUCCAGCGAAGACAGCUCCGUGCUGUCGGAAGUCGUGGUCCCGAAACUGGCGGAAACUAUACGGAAGACACACCCGGUGCUGGUGACGCCGGUGUCAGAACAAACUGGUCUUAAGACAAAGUGUCAACUGAUGCAGGAAGAAGUUGAUAAUGGUGGUGACGGCUACCGUCCUCGCUGUCACCCUGACGGAUCGUUCGCUGCACGUCAGUGUGGAAGAAAUCGGUGCUGGUGUGUAGACGCCGCGGGACGGACGCGACAUGACACCACACAUGCCGACCCCUGCGAGGUCACCCAAAUAGAGUCCGCUCUGCUAGAGUUGGAAUUGAUCGGUACAGAGGAAGACGGAAAGAAGACUCAGAAUCUUCUCACAACGAAGCUAUCAGCGCUAGGCGUUCGAGUGCCAGUGACUAUGACAAGAGAGAAGGGCGUGGUGAGGCUGCGGGCGGUGUUGCCAGGGUCAAGGGCCGCUGACGUGGUCUAUCAGUUGGAAGCACAGGUGAAGAAGGAGAAACUUUUAAACGCCAACAAAUCUGAAGAUGGAGUGCUUGGAGCUGAUGUUAUUCGUAGCGAGUACCGCCUCGCGCCGCCGCGCACGCUGCAGAGAGAGAUACUCAGCGAGUCGACGGUGUCGGCUGCUACGUCGUAUCACACAGCUCUGAUCGUUCUAGCGGCCACCUCGGCGUUCAUCAUCAGCGUGCUCUGUGUGCUGGUGAUGUUGUACCGCGCACGUCUGCAGCGAGAGCCGCAUAAAGCUGAACGCUUCCUGCCUCCCGCACCGCCUGUGUACGUGCUAUCGGCGGAUGAGAAAGCUGAACUGGCGAGAGCGCUACACGCUCCACCAGCCCCGGUACCGCCAGCGAACGCUGAUGAAAGAGUGUAAUACAUAGCCAUUCGCUCAUCUUCACCUCCUCUGACGGUUAACUAUGGACUACUAUAAGUACUCAACAUGAUCUAUAAACCAUUAAGAGUUUUAAUCUUGUACUAUUAUGUAACGACAUGUUUUCAUAUAAUAGGACAUGUAUAAUCAAUACACUUUGUACAGAUUAUAUAUAAAUAUUAUGAGAUCACAGACUUGAACACAAGAACAAUUUGUGAUUUACAAAAAUGAUCGUGAUUAUAAAUAUGUUCGGAAACGUGUUCAUAACAUAUAAAAACCUAGUAUUCUUCAAUAGGGUCCAAUUGGAUAGAAAAUCGUGAUGUCUAUUCUAACUAAACCUUCUUUAAAGUAAUAAGUGACUUAUCUGUAUAUACAGACCGAAAUGGGCCUUAAACGAAUUUAGUAUCUUGUUAAGUUUGGUCCGUUUUUGCAAUGUUACAAGUAUAAGAAAACUAUUCAUUUUCGAAAUAGCACACUUUAUAAUAUUCACAUUAAUUAUCAUUAUUAAAAUUGUAUAAUACUUUGAUAAACAUGUAAUUUUAACUUCAUAAAAUUUUAAAUCAAUGUCUUCUUAGUUAGUAUGUGACAGCUCAAGCGGAUGUCAAAGAAGCGAAGUGACGUGCGUCGAUGACAGCGACGAACGCCUUUACGCACCUUAGUUCCUCUCGUCCGGUUCCGAUGUUGUUAUUUACGAUACAACAACGCGACUGGAUGUUGAACUAAUCUAGUCUCUCACUUUAUAAACACAUUUUUUAUAUAUUUAAUCAAAAGUAAUUAAUUCAAAUUCACUUUCUUGUAAAUAAUUUCAGAUAUUAACAUUAUUUAUUUCACAAUAAUUUCUAUAUGUACUUAUUAUUACAGAUUUUUCCAGUUAUAAUAUAUAAGUGUAGUUUAAAAAUAUAUGAAAUUAAAUAUAAAGUAUUAUGUUUUAUGUAAAAUAAAGAUCUAAUUUUA